AUGCACCAAGAAGAAAUAUGGACGAAUUAUCCCAAGCUCAGAAUCAACGAACUUGGAUUUGGCGGGAAUGCAAUCUUGCCCUACAAGCUCCUUACGACUCAUCUCCCUCGAUUUAAACACCUAAAACCCUCACUGUCUUCCUUUCACCUUCAUCUCAACAUCACCAGACGCUUUUCUCCAAUCAAGAAAAAAUUCAUAGAAAUGACGGUUUUAAGGUCAAGGAAAGUUGUUUCUGUAGCUCAGAACGAACAUUCGCAUAAACCCGUUAAAAAUGAGGCUCAAAUCGAACCAUCAACACCUGCAAAAGAAGUUGAGUCGACGAAUAAGUCGUCAUAUGAAGCAACCCCGAGUCCGCGUAUGUUGGGUCAAAGUUCCGACAAGCUAGGGUCAGGGUCUGUUUCGAGCCAAGAGUUGAGAAGGAGUGCACGACUUUCCUCGAAGUCAAGUUCGUGUAACUUUGUCGAGAUUGUCGUUUCUAGAAGGAAGAGAAAGACUUUAAAUCAUGGAAAUGGUGAAUCUGGUGGCUAUGAGAGUGAUGUAAGUAAUGUUAGGGUUCCAAGUGAAUUGGAUACUUCCACUGGAUGUGAAGCAAAUGGUAUGUUGGUGUCUGAUUUGGGUACCGAAGAAUAUGAUAAAGAUAAAGAAGAGAUGCCGAGUGUAAAGAAGUUGAAGAAUGGAAAGCUUCCGAGUCAAGAUUUUAAUUUCUUGGGUUCUGAAUCAGUUCAAGAAAGUGAUGUAGGAAAUAAAAGCUUAAACUUCAGAUCAAGUAAGAAGCUUUUAAAACCAGGGAAAGAACUGUCUUCUUGCAAGGAUGAAAAGGGAACAGAAGAGGUAAAAAGUGAGACAGUCGUUAAUGGAGUCAGUCAAGUGAGUCUUACUAUUGAAGAUAAACAGAAAGGGGUGUUAGUGGAUUGUGGUGAGUUGGGUUUAGAGAAAAAGAUAAAGACAAAUGAAGCUGAAGAAAUGGAGAAUGAUGAUGUAAGUGAUACCAUGAAAAUGAGUAGUAACAUACACGAGAUUGAAGAAAAAGGGAAGGGGAAAGUAGGUGAAGCUGAUUCAUCAUCAAAUCUCAGUAAUAGUAAGGAUGAUUCACAUGUAAGCCCCCAACAAGAAACUACUGAAAGAGCUGAAACUAGCACUAGAAAUAAGGAAAGGUUUAAAAAUAUAGCAAGAGAGAAUGCAUCAAGAUUUGCAUAUUUCUCAAUUCAAGAAGAAAAACAAGAAGAUGAAGAUGAAGAUGAACAACUUGAACUACAAACAGAAGAAAAUGGGGUGGUGGAAGAUUGGCCUGGUCCUUUCUCAACUGCCAUGAAAAUAAUCAAAGAUCGAGCAGAAAACACAGGUCAACAAAACAGUUUGACUUCAGAGAUCCUUCCUUCUGUUCCAUUGACAUGGGUUCCAAAAACAAAACCACAACAUGAACAUGUGAAGAAGAGAGUAGCCCCAUCACUUCAAGAAUUAUGCAUGCCAAUCAUUGCUGAAAAUGUAGAUGCAAUAACUUCCCUUGAAAGUGUCCCUGAUGUAAUUAGACACAAACUUACACAAAAACUUUGUGACACUCGCAAAAUGAACCCUCAUUUUCUUGACCUAUUAGCAAGUGGGUCCCCUUCAGAGAUACGUGUACAUGAAUGUUCAUGGUUAAGCGAAGAACAGUUGACUAAAACCAUUAACAAGACUGAUAUUAGUAAACUCAAUGUACUACAACUGGAUCAAUGUGGGAGAUGUUUACCAGACUAUGUUAUAUUUACAACCUUGGCUCACUUGAAGAUGUCUGAAUUGACUAAUAUAUCCUUGAGAGGUGCAUGUAGGCUUUCAGAUGCUGGACUUAAUGUUCUUCUUACUUCAGCACCUUCUUUGAGAUCUAUAAAUCUUGGAUGCUGUUCUUUGCUCACUUCUGAAGGAAUCAUAAACUUAGCUGAUAAAUUAGGAUCAAUUCUUAAAGAGUUGUACAUUGAUGACUGUUUUGGUCUUGAUCCUAUUGAAAUACUCCCUGCUUUAUUAAAGUUAGAAAAUCUGGAAGUUUUGUCAAUUUCCCGCUUUGAAACUGUUAAUGAUUCUUUCAUCAAACAGUUGGUGGGCGUUCGUGGCCACAACAUAAAAGAGCUUAUUUUGGCAGAUUGCACGAAAUUGACAGAUAAGUCGUUGAAAGCAAUUGCAGAAAGUUGUCCAGGGCUAUGUUCAAUUGAUUUGACAAAUCUGUGUAGAUUGACUGAUACUGCAAUUGGACAUCUUGCAAAUGGUUGUAGAGGAAUUCAAACAAUGAAAUUUGGUCGCAAUGUUUUCAGUGACGAGGCUGUAGCUGCAUAUAUUGAAGCAUGUGGACAAUCUUUGAAGGAACUAUCACUCAAUCAUGUUGAUAAGGUUGCUAAUCACACUGCUUUAUCACUUGCAAAACAUGCAAGAAAUCUACAAAGUUUGGAUUUAUCUUGGUGUAGGAAUAUGACAAAUGAAGCUGUUGGAUUGAUUGUAGAUAGUUGUUUAUCAUUACGAACAAUCAAAUUAUUUGGGUGCACUCAAAUUACGAAUGUGUUUUUGGAUGGACACUCGAAUGAGGAGGUGAAAGUGAUUGGUUUAAAAGAGAGUGAAAUAAUAAAAAACGUUGAGAUGACUGAUCUUCUACCAUUGAGAUAUUCAUCAGCAACUUAAAACAUUUGAUGCAACAAAGUUGUCGCCCAACAUGGUUUUUGUUAUACAUUUGUGAAAGUGAUAUGUUGUUGUCUUUUGGUAUGAAUGACUUCUUGUUGUUUCAUUUGUAACUUGAAAAGGU